GAAACGCCACGGGUCCGCCACACAAUCCAGGUGCUGGAUCCAGCGGCUCCAGCGCCAUGGCAGCAAAGGCUGCAGAGAAGGGACCGGGACCUCCGCCCGUCACAGCGGCCUGGAUGAACCUGACGAAGAACUUGAUCGGUGCCGGAAUCUUCAGCCUCCCAAGUGGUUUAAAGUCUGGUUCAGUGAUCCCUGGUCUCAGUGCCAUGAUCACCGUUUGCAUCUUCUGCUCUAGUAGCUUUAUUCUCAUCGCUUACCUCUGCAAGCGUUUGAGAUGUGAGACCUACAGGGAAGUGUUUUGCAUAGCUUUUGGCAAUAGAGCUGGCACGCUGAUAGAUGGCUUCAUCUUUACCAAUGGCUUUUUUGCAUGCGUCGCAUAUACCAUUCUGGUCGCAGACUUUCUGCAAAAAGCGGCGGAGGGUUUGCUUGGCGUUGUACCCAAUCGGAUCAUGCUGAUCGCUGGCAACACCAGUUGCUUCAUGCUGCCACUUUCACAUGCAAAAGAUCUCUCUGCGUUGCGCUACACGUCGAUGAUGGGCCUUGUGAUCAUUGCGUUUGUGUUUAUGUUCAUUGUUUCCGACUGCUGGAAGUCUGAGGAUGCCCCGAGCAACCUCAAGGCACAUGCAGCACACUUGAACAUGGGCAUCUUUCGCACGGUGGCGCUUUGCACAGGUGCCUUUCAGGCACACUACAAUGCGCCUCGAAUUUUCAAACAGUUGCAUGGAGAUCUUCAAGCUCAUGCGCAGACGGUGCUUGCCAGCUUCAGCACAGCAUUCACAGUUUAUUCGCUUUUCGCGGUAUCUGGGCUGGGGCUCUUUGGCGACAAGCUUUUAGGCAACGUGCUUCGAAACUACGAUCCUGACAACACUGCAAUCAUGAUGGUCUGGUUUGGCAUGGCUUUCGCGAUCAUUUUCACCUACCCGCUGGUCUUUACGGCUGCUCGAGAGUCUCUGGUGGGAAGUCAACCUUUUCUGCAGGAGGCUUUGAGACGGCAGCCCCUGUUUGCACACGUGGCAAUCACUUGCACCAUGGUCUGUUUGAUCUCUUCAGUGGCUUGCUGUGUUGAGGACGUUUCCAAAGUCACCGGAACCCUUGGCGCAGUGGUCGGCUCGAGUCUAUGUUGGAUUUGCCCCUCCAGCGUGUACUUGAAGUUGUCCAGAAAAGGACAGAGCGGUCUUUCGAUGCCCCUGAAUGGCAAGGCGCUGCUUCCAUACAAUGGGCCCCUCUCUGUCUACACUUCCCUUCUUAUUUUGGUGGGCUCCAUCAGCAUCGUCGUGGGCGUUCACGCCGUUUGGAGCAACUGACGCAGUGACUGCUCGCGUUUGGAACGAGCAGAGCUGGGCAGCACUGGGCCAAGACUUCCACUGGAUGCAGCUGUGGUGUC